AGAUAGAGUCCUUCAGGAGUAAAGUGGACUUGCUGCGUCUUCCUUUGGCUUUUUCCUCCAAGUCCAUCAGCAACCGCAAGAGCCAGUUGGGUGUGAUCUGGGAAAAGGGCGGCGGCUCGGGGACAGGAGUUGCACAGAAACUCCACCCCCCGCUGGCCUCAGACAUGGACAACGAGUCAAUGUACUCGAGCUACUCCUACAAGUCAUCUCACUCACGAAGUUCUCGCAAACACAGAGGGAGAAGGGACAGGCAUUACUCGAAGAGUCGGGACGGGGCCAGCCGUGGAGACAAAUCCGUGAUCAUCCAGGCCCCGGGGGAGCCACUGCUAGAUGCAGAGUCCACCAUGGCCGACGAGAGGGAUGAUAACUGGGCUGAGACCACCACUGUGGUCACCGGUACCUCAGUGGACAGCGUCUCUAAUGAAGACCUGACGAGGCUCUCUAAGGACUUGGACGACUCUUUACCUGUUGACUGCCGACGUUACAUCAGUCCAGUGUUUGGUGCCAUUUUGGGGCUUUUUUCUGUGAUCACUCCUCUGGCUUUCUUGGCCCUCCCACAGCUCCUUUGGAGGGACACACUUGACCCUUGUGGGACUCCAUGUGAAGGCCUUUACAUUUCUCUGGCCUUCAAGAUCCUCAUUCUCUUCAUCUCCACAUGGGCACUGUUCCUUCGUCCUCCCCGAGCCAUGCUGCCUCGCUUCUUUGUCUUCCGCUGUUUGUUGUCGGUGCUCGUCUUUCUCUUUGUGGCAUCUUAUUGGCUCUUCUAUGGGGUGCGGGUGCUGGAGCCCAGAGAGACGGACUACAGGGGGAUUGUGGGAUAUGCAGCAUCUUUGGUGGACGCGCUACUCUUCAUUCAGUAUCUUGCUCUGGUGCUGUUGGAAGUCCGACACCUGCAGCCUGCUUUCUGUCUGAAAGUUGUUCGGACCACCGAUGGAAUCAGCCGCUUCUAUAACCUGGGACAUCUCAGUAUCCAGCGGGCAGCAGUGUGUGUUCUGGACCAGUACUACAAAGACUUCCCGGUCUAUAAUCCUGCUCUGCUCAACCUCCCCAAGUCCAUUCUCAACAAGAAGCUGUCUUCCUUCAAAGUUUACAAUCUGGAAGAAGAGAACAGCACCAACAACUCCACAGGGCAGUCCAGAGCCAUGAUUGCAGCCACUUCUCGACGAAGAGACAACGUCCACAACGAGUUUUACUACGAGGAGGCAGAGGUGGAGAGGAGGAUCCGCAAACGGAGGGCCAGACUGGUGGUGGCAGUAGAAGAAGCCUUCACCCACAUCAAGCGUCACCAGACUGAAGAAUCACUUGCAUCCUCUCCCAAACACCCGCGGGAGGUGAUGGACCCCAGGGAGGCCGCCCAGGCCAUCUUUGCCCCCAUGGCACGGGCCAUGCAGAAGUACCUGCGGGCCACCAGGCAGCAGUGCUAUCACAGCAUGGAGAGCAUCAUCAACCAUCUGCAGUUCUGCAUCAUGCACAGCAUGACCCCCAAGGCUUUCCUGGAGCGCUACCUCAGUCCUGGUCCCACUCUGCAGUACCUGGACAACAGCAGGGGUGGUCAGUGGACACUAGUGAGCGAGGAGCCAGUGACGGCCUCCCUGCGUCAGGGCCAGGUCUUCUGCCUAAAACGCCUCGACUUCGCCCUGGUCGUCACCGUUAUGCCCCUCCCCUUCCUGCGCGUGGGCGAGGAGUUUGUUGAUCCUAAAAGCCACAAGUUUGUGAUGAAGCUUCAGUCAGAGACGUCUGUGUAG